GCUGUAUAUCAUUGCUAUUAUAUUCUGUUUUAAACUUGUGUAUGCAAAACUGAUACCGCAAAAGUUGGUAAUGGACACUUUACUGUACUCCCCCUAACCUUCUCUAACACGCAAGCAAACGCGCACGCACGCGCGUCAGUGAUGAAUUGUAAUCGCUCACUUUCAUUUUAAAAGGAAAGCAACGGUGAAGAGCACUUAGGCUGCUGCGCACUACCCGCAAUGCACAAGUCACAAUCAGCACAAAAGCUGUGGUGGCUCUAUUUUCCACUUUGAAUAAUUCAAUUUGUAAUAAAAACAAACAAACAAAACAACAACAAAAAACAAACCAAUGACUCCAGGGGGAUUUUUCUUCGUGAUGAUCGGAUUUGGGAGCGAUCCGUCCGGUUGUUCAAUGCUACCAGAUUUCCACUAAACCACCGGGACGCACCUGAGUCUCUCGACCGGGCAACGCGCGCCUCGCCCCCGGUCGAUGCCGACGGUCAUCAUGACCAUGAACGGUGACGGCCGCUCGCUCGCCGCGUCGCCGCUGGACCUGAGCGCCAGCCAGCCGGGGGACACCUCGUCCACAGUGGCGCCGGACUGCGGAGGUUGCCGGAGGGAUCCGGUCCGUUCACCUGCGCUUCCGUCUCACACUUCGGGCACGCUCCCUCCGGCCCCGGGCUCCUCUCGCAAGAGGCCGGCGGACAGAGCUUCGCUCCGGCUUCCUUUUCGUAAACGGCCGAUCACGCUGGAGCCGGAGGAGCGAGCCUUCGGAGAAGCGGAGCGAGCGGAGGGUCUUUCCCGUGUGGGAGAGGCUGACGCGCCGCCCCGGGAGAGGGAACCAAGCCACCUGGAGGGGACCGCGGAGGCUCGGCUGCCCGUUGCUCCGGUAACCCUGAUGCAGGCUGAGGAGGCUCCGCGGAGCACUGACGCCUGUCCGGUCCACAUCGCACCCUCGUUCACUUAUGGUCGCUACCCAGUGUACCGCUACCCAGAGUUGGACCAUCUUGGGUUCCACCCCACACACAACCUGCUGGCUUGCGUCGCGCUGGCUACUCGGCAAGAUGAAGACGGAGACACAGCUCUACAUAUAGCAGUGGUGCAAGGGGAGCUGGCCAUCGUACGCCAAAUCAUCCAUCAGCUCAGUUUCGCAGACAGAAGCCUCGACCUCUACAACAACCUCCGACAGACUCCCCUUCACCUGGCAGUGAUCACCCAGCAAGUAAACAUGGUGGAGGCCCUGCUGAGGGCUGGGUCGGACCCCUCCGCUUUGGACCGCAACGGCCAGACGACUCUGCACCUCUGCUGCGAGUACGACCAUCCAGAGUGUCUGUCCGUGGUUCUCUCAUUGCCCUCGUCGGCCGCCUGCCUGGAAAUGAAAAACUUUCAGGGUUUGAGUCCCCUCCAUCUGGCUGUGCUACGUGAUCACAGAGAUUUGGCCACCAUGCUGCUGGGAGCGGGAGCUGACAUCAACACCAUGGACAUCAAGAGUGGCCAGAGUCCCCUCAUUCUUGCGGUGGAGAGCAACAAUGCAGAGAUGGUCCGCUUCCUCAUUGAGGGUGGCUGCGACGUGAACAGGCCGUCGUACAGCGGCAACACGGCCCUGCACAGCGCCUGCGCCCGGGGCCAGGCGGACGUGGUGCGAGCGCUGCUGAAGAGUGGUGCCGACGGUAGCCUCAAGAACUACCACAACGACACACCCCUCAUGCUGGCCAAGAACAAGAAGGUUCCCCAUCUCCAAGCCACAGUCGUGGUUGUUCUCCCUCGACGAUACCACAUGGCUCCCACCACACCGCCCCCCACUCACCGAGGACUCCACCUUUGCUCACUUUUCCAUUUUACUAGUGAAGAGUCCUCAUGCAUUGACACAGGCAACUACAGUAUGCAGGACCCCAAAUGCUGUGUUUUUCUUCUGCCACAGUAUGCAGUCAAACUGAAUGGUGUAGGCGGUUUUAAAAUGUCUUCUCCCUUGGUCCUAUGAGGAAAAAAAAAACUGAAGGGAAAAUGACCAAGCUUUGAUUCAGGGAUCUUGCAAAUAAAAAAGGGUCGCUGCGUGAAUUUAUAGGAGUAAAAAAGCAACUACAAUGUACAGGGGGUGCACUUUGGGACUGAGUUUAGUUCCUACAGCGGCGACGUAAUGCGCUAAUCUAUCGCUAACCUAUGCGAACGCAGUAAUAAAGUCAGAAUUAUAGGAAAAAUGUGUUCUGAGCUUCUGUGACUAUUUUUCAAAUGUAACUAAAAUUAUAAUCGUGAAAAUUUCCAAAAGCAACUGUAAUUUAAUUCCACAUUUUCUCCCAUUAAUGUAAUGGAUUGUAAUUACAUACAUUUUGUAAUUAAAUUAUGUCAUUUAGUUACAUGUACCGCAUACUCCCCAACUCUGCUCAAAUUAUGGGAUGUUGGCUGGAUGUUGUUGCACAUCUAGCGGCGAUGCACCUCUAGUUUGAUCAUACCCCAAAUUUGGGCUAACAACACAGCGCAAAAAAACACUCGUAACUCGGAAAACUCGUCGGUUGGCACACUCACAAUUCAAUGUACGACUAUAUUCUUAGGACGUCGCACAACCGACUAGUUUUUUGCGGCGUCACGACCUUUAAAUGUCAUGACUACCGUACAGUAAAUAGUUGCAUUACAAACACUUUUAGGCCAUAAAUUAAACAAUCAAAGACAGCGAUUUCUAUUCUUAUCCUGCUGUGAAAACUAAAUUGUUUGAUCGUAACCUCAAAACCGUGUUGAUCCGGACUGUCGAAGACCCCCUGUACUUAAAAAGUGAUGGAAAUUGCAUUAGUUGUGUAUAUUUUUGUUUUUUUGUUUUACAUACACUCACUACUCACAAAACGUUAGGGAUAUUGGGCUUCUGGGUGAAAUUUCAAGAUGAACCUAAAAUAACCCAGGUGAACCUAAUUUGAUGCUUCUCUAAACUUUUGAAUAUCAACUUUUUAAUGUUUCAGUAUUUUUUAUUUUUUUUGCCCAACUUGCUGUUCUCUAUGAGGGAGCUGAAUGACAAGAUUCACAACAGGAGUUUGAUACAUGGAAAUGUUCAAGGACAUCCACCGCUAUGGCUUUCUGUGACUCUUCCAGUCCCACUGUAUUUCUGUUACCCAGUAUCCCUAACUUUUGGUCAGUAGUGUGUGUCUGUGUGUGUGUGUGUGUGUGUGUGUGUGUGCGUGUGUGUGUGUGUGUGUGUUAUUCUGCUUUUGUCAAAAAAGCAAUGAAGAUUUUUUUUUUAAAAACUCAGAUUAACAAAUUUACUUGUGUGCUUUGUUUUUAUUUUUUUAGCCAAUAUACAGUACAGUACAGCAGUGGUUCUCAAACCGGGGUCUCCCCCUGGUAGGCCGCAACCAUUAAAGGUUGGAAAAGUCCCUAUAUACUGACUGUAUAGUGACCAAAUCAUGAUUUAUUUAUAAUGAAUUUGGCAACACUCAUUGUACUUUUGUAAACUAGCUCCUCUCUGUUUGCAGUCAUGUUGUUGGUGGAAAAAGUGCACAUCAACAAGUGAUGAUGGAUACAUUUAAUUCAAUUGAAUUUGAUUUUGUUAAGUUUA